AUGGGUAACAGAAUCGGUAAUCUCUGCCUCUGUUCCGCCGGAGCCGGUGAUACCUCCGACAGGUUGCAAAACAACUCUACCUUAUUGUCCCAGAAACUUGAUAGAGCUGUUUGCAACUCUGUCAUUUAUGUUCGAUCAGACCCACUUCGAAUCUAUGGCGACGGGGACACGUUAUCUGAUGAGUCCGCGGUCGCCACAAUGAGUUUUUGUUCAGUCUCCAGCGCAGCCGUUAGUGCGAACUCGAUAUCAUCGCCUUCCAUUUUCGUUGAUGACUCUGUUCAAAUGAACACUGUUUUGGAUUCUUCUGCUUCGUUUGAAAGCUUUGGCUCUUUCGUUCCCACAAUGAUUCCUUUGAGUCAUUACGAUCGUAUGACGAAUGGUGAUUCUGUUGAGGAUGAUUCAGAGCAUGAGAAGAUGAAGAAGGCUUGUACUUGUAAGAUCGGUUUGAAGAAGGUUCUGAGUAGAGUUUUUUCCAAUGCAGUAUUUGGAAAAGGCUCGAAUUUUAAGAGAAGUGAUAGUGGUAAUGGUAAUGGUUAUAGAAGAUUGAGUUCUUGUACUAGUUUGAGUGGUGAUGAUACCGCUGCUGCUGAUGGUGGUGGUGGUGGAUGCGAGAAUUAUCAUAUGGCUCGAGGAAAAGGUGGCGAGGAUCGUGUUCAUAUUAUAUUAUGUGAGGAUCAUGGAUGGAUUUAUGUAGGGAUUUAUGAUGGAUUCACUGGCCCUGAUGCGACUGAUUUUCUUCUGAAGAAUAUGUUUGGUGUUGUGCAUGAUGAGCUUAAAGGAUUUCUAUGUAAUCGGAACGGUCAUAAUGAAGAAAGUUUUAGUCACUCUGAUGUGUUGGAAGCACUUUCCGAGGCACUGAGGAAAACUGAGGAUGCGUUUUUGAAGAUAGUCGAUGAAAUGAUUACGCGUAAUCCUGUGUUAGCUAUGAUGGGUUCUUGUGUUUUGGUUAUGCUAAUGAAAGGUGAAGAUGUCUACUUGAUGAAUGUGGGUGAUAGUCGUGCUGUUUUAGCCACUCAGACUGGGAAUCCUUUUCAGCUCACUGUCGAUCAUAACGCUCAUGCGAGAGAGGAGGUUCGUAGAAUCAGACAGGAGCAUCCAGAUGACGCUCUGGCGAUAACUAAUGGUCGAGUGAAGGGUUACUUGAAUAUCACAAGGGCUUUUGGCGCAGGAUUUCUCAAGCAGCCUAAACAAAAUGAUGCGAUGUUAGAGACUUUCAAAGUUAACUACAUAGGGGAAUCUCCAUAUAUAACAUGCUCUCCUUCACUACAUCAUCACAGGCUCUGCUCAAGUGACAAAUUUCUCAUACUGUCUUCUGAUGGACUUUACCAAUAUUUCACCAAUGAAGAAGCAGUUACCAAAGUAGAGUUAUUCAUCACCAGGUUUCCCUAUAAGAAUCCUGCUCAACUUCUCAUUGAAGAAGCACUCUACCAAGUCGCAAAAAAAUAUGGCAUGGAGUUCCAUGAGUUGCUUGAUAUAUCACAUGGAGAAAGAAGACGCUACCAUGAUGACAUUACAGUUGUCAUAAUAUCCUUGGAGGGAAAAAUAUGGCGUUCAUAGGUUUAAAUAUGUUGAUGUGUGACAUAACAAAGUGUCACUAAUUGAAAGUUUAGGGAACUUUCCUUCUUGUUUUGCUUAUCUUUUUCUAUUUGCUAUCUCAUUUUACAAUAAAUCAAAGAUUCCAAAA